AUGCGCAAGACACUACUUCUGGUCUUCAUCCACGGCUUUAAGGGAGGUGAUGAUACGUUUGGAAACUUCCCCGAGCACUUACAAGCCCUCGUCAGUCAUGCGCUACCAAACAUUGAUGUCCUGGCGGUGACCUAUCCCAAAUUCGAAACUCGAGGAGAACUAAAGGACUGUGUCGCUCGCUUUAGAGAAUGGCUCCAGAAUAAAGUCAUCGACCUGGAGGUCGCUCACCAGACUCCGUCACCUACAAUCGACCCAUCCGUACAUGUCAUGCUAAUUGGGCAUUCGAUGGGAGGCAUAGUUGCUGCAGAAACAUAUCUUCUCCUUGCAAGAGAGCAGCCGAUUCCUGCGGCGUCCUCGAGACAAAAUCCCGAAAGACCGAAUUAUCCCUCGAACACCACAUUGAAUUCCUCUACCUCUACGUCACACCCAACUCCUGCCCAUGAUAGAGACCACUCCCCUACGUCUUCAUUCAUGUUCCCACAUAUUCAAGGCAUUCUAGCUUUUGACACACCGUUCCUUGGUUUAGCACCGGGAAUGGUUGCGCAUUCGAUCGAAGGCGGUCACAAAGCUGUCGCAAAUGCUUACAACACUUAUAGUGAAGUGGCUUCCAUAUUUGGCUGGGGCUCGAAAUCAGAGCCUGCCAUGGGAUCGGCGGCUUCUUCCAGCAAAGCGGUGGGAGCCCUCCCUGCACCUACAUCGGCUGCGGCGGAUGCAGCCGCUGCACCCAAAUGGCAGUCAUGGGGUAAAUAUGCCAUGUUCGCCGGUGCAGCGGGUGCAGUUGUGGCUGGGGGUGCAGCAGCGCUGUAUUCACAAAAGGAGAAACUUAGUACAGGGUGGCAAUGGGCAGGAGAUCAUCUACUAUUUGUAGGUGAGCUGUUCAAGCCAGAGAGGCUACAGAAACGAGUCAACGAUGUCGAGGAUGCUUGCCGGGAGAGAGGAUCAGCAUGUGCCAAUCUCUUCACCAACCUGGGCAAAGGCGCACGGGAGGGCUACGGCAUCACGAGUAGUGUCGCCGGCAAGGACCGCACCUUUUGCAACCUCCCCGUGAGCAUCAGUAAGCAAGGGCAGGAAAUCAAGGCAUCUCAGGGCCCAGGGUCCGCCUUCAGCUGGUUAGCAGCGAUCAACGAGAAAGCAAAGGACGAAACAACAGCCCACGUCUCCAUGUUCUACCCUCGUGAAAACCCGGGUUUCUUUUCACUGGGUGAGAGUUCCAAAGAGCUACUCGCGGCAUGGGUGCAUCAGGGCUGGUACCGGGCCAGCGACGGUCCAACCCGUCUGGGGAAGGAGCUCGGUGUGACUCUCGGUGAGUUGGGUGACGGCUGGGAGAAGCCGGACUACGACGCUGAGGAAGUCAAGGCCAAAGAGCGCGAACGAGAUCACGACAAAGGAGCGAAAACGAACCCAGAGCCUGACGUUGAAGGGAGCCUCGCACAUGACUGGGAAGGCGUUGAUCUUCACAAGGGCCGUGACGAGCUCCACGAUCACGACGAUGAGUUCCGCAUGAGAGAAGGCGGCGAAGACCUUCACGACAGUGUCAUUGUAGAGAGAGCGGCAGCAGAUGGCGAAGUCCCGCUGCCAACACCCAGGGCUGACACUGGGUUUUAA